GCAGUUCAGCGGGCCGACACCGACACCGACCAUUUUGUGUGUUGUAACUAAGAUUCACCUUGACUCAUAAAUUGCGCUGACCGAUUAUCCACGUGAAAUGUAUUCACGAAAACAGCAGAGGAGAUCUUUCGCCAAGCUUCGUGUAAUUCUGGUUUUGGUCCUCGUUGUUCUUGGAAACGCCAACGGGCGUGAAAAGUGCCUUGAAGAUGCCGAUUGCUCUUUCAGUACUUUCUGCUCUAACGGAUUUUGCGAAGGAGAUUGCGUUAAGUGCCAGUUAUUCCGACGAGAGGAAUCUGCUAACAGCUGCGUCAAAGAAAUAAAAAACUGUGGUCCCUGUCUUCCGGGAACGGAAGCAGAAGACCUAGUAGGAGGGGGGAAAUCCAUUUAUUGCAAACCAAUUGGCAAUUUGUCGACUCCUGUAAUCGAAACUUCUGUCACCUACUGGGUGAUAACGGCGAUCACCACCAUUGUGAUUGUGGCCGCGGCUGUGGGCGCUUUUUGGAAAAGAAAACAUCUUCGAGAUUUUUUUCGCCGUCAAAAGUCUACCAGUAACGACAACCCUCCUCCCUUCAAUCCAAAUUUUAAUCAGACACCCGGAUUUCCGGAAGCGAUAAAUCACGUUGUUGGGUCGUCUACCGCCCCUGAUUACUCUUCAGAUGGGGAAUCAGACGAUUCUACUGACCCGUCAUCAGCUUCGAAUCGGCUUUUGCACCCAGGAGAAACAGUAAACAUCAGCAACGCUAAUCCAGGGAUUUAUCAAGGUGUUGAAAUUGAUCUUUCUGAAUUCCGGAGAAGUGAAAGCAGUAUCAAUAUUGAAGGUUCGCCAGGAGCGCAGUUUUCUUCCAUUAGCAUUGAUUCAUAUAACGAAGAUGAAGGCAAUGUUAGUUUCGCGAUCGUCGUAACUAAAACUAAUUAAUAAAGACCUAAAAGAGGUCACUACAUAAUCUUAUAUAAUGAUAAAAAAAAUUAGUAUUAAUUAUAAUUGUUUGUUUUUUACCAUACCUUAUAGUGAUGCAAAAUUUUUUCUGGGUUCUUUUCAAGGGUUUUUGCAUUCUAAGGCGAACCCGGAGGGAACCUCUUGUUUUUUAAAAGGCCUAUCGCUAUUUUCACAAACCGUGCAAAAUUGGCAGUAUAGACCUAGUCGCGUUACAUUUUAUAUUCUUUAAGUUGUUUAUCCGUUGCACAUUAUCCGUUCGUGUCUCGGUGAUUUACUAACAAGCUUAAUUUUUAAAAACAAUGUAACUCCAUAUUAAAUCUUCUUUGUAAUUGAUUGUAAGUCAACCCAGUCAACUCCUGCUGACCGGUGUAGUGAUGGAUAGUCAGUCAAAGAACUCCCUAAAUAUGCUAUUCUUUUAAUCAGUAUAUCUGUGAUGGUCAACAAUCACUUUACUUCAACUAUUAAGUAUAAACUAUAAUCUGUAGAAUUGUGUUGCUGUUUUUAUAAAAUAAAAGCAUAAUAAAUAACGUUCGAUUUA